AUAAAUUAAGACAACAAAAUACACACAGAUAUAUAAAGAUGAAAAUGACUUAUUUCCGUUAAUUUCAAGUGCUCUACGGCAUCAGUUCGGCUCAAUUUACUGUUAUCUUUAAAAGUUGCGAGUGUUCUGAGUGACCUUUAUACAUACAGUAGUAAUUUAAAAAGAAAACAAGCAGCAUCAUCUUGCACGAUCAUUAUGAUAACAGCGUGUUAAGAGAAAUGAACUAAACAAUUUCCUUCCAAAUUACUUGCCGCUUUUAUAUACCUCUUGCAUCAUAAACGUCGAAGUUCUACAGAAAUGAAAUUGUUUUGUGCCUUUCUUCUGGCAUUAGUUAUUACAACUAAAAGCAGCUCCGUUGGGAAUGAAGGGGAUUCGUCCGAACAGGAUGACGGUCUUCCAGGACGAGAGGCGUUAAAUAACUUCCCACUAAUUGAUGGGCACAACGAUUUGGCUUGGAACUUGAGAAGGCUCGUACGUAAUCAACUGGACAAAUUCGACUUUUCAAAAAAUUUAAUCGAUGAUCCAUCAUGGGGAAAAGUUGCAUGUAACACCUGCUUCACUGACCUUCCUAGACUAAGAGCGGGAAAAGUUGGGGGACAAUUUUGGGUUGCUUUUGGAAGCUGCGAGACUCAGUAUAAGGAUGCUGUUCAGGUGGCUUUAGAUCAAAUUGACGUUAUCAAAAAUUUAAUUCGUAAAUACCAUAAUGAUCUGGAAUUCGUCGAUUCAUCAGUAGGUAUACUAAGGGCAAUCAAAAGAAAAAAAAUCGCCAGUCUCAUAGCAGUCGAAGGAGGCCAUUUAAUAGACAGUCGAAUGUCGGUUCUGAGAAUGUUCUACGAACUUGGAGUACGAUAUCUGACUCUAACUCAGACUUGCAACACACCAUGGUCGGACGCAUCGCCAAUUGAUGAAACAGAUGAAUACCGUAAAAAUUUAACUGCUUUUGGAAAGAAAAUAAUUCUCGAAAUGAACCGUCUAGGUAUGAUGGUAGAUUUGUCUCACGUUUCGUACGGUGUGAUGUUCCAAGCCCUCAAUAUUUCUAGAGCACCCGUUAUUUUUUCCCAUUCUGCGGCAUAUUCGGUUUAUGCGCAUCAUCGAAACGUACAAGAUAAUAUACUUAAAAGAAUGAAAAACAAUGGUGGUAUAGUAAUGGUACCCUUUUACACCGGCUUUAUAUCAAAUGGUUCAGCUAAUGUAGAUUCUGUUGUUGGUAUGUAUUUUAAAGUAAUUGUUUUUAAAAAGGGCGCGGGCGCGGCGUUGUCGAGCUACAAAAAUUUGUUCUUCAAAAAGCAAUCAAUAAAGUUACAGGGCCUCCAACCCGAAAUAGGUGUUGUGAUUUAAGCUGACGUAAACGAU